GUAAGCGUACAACGACUGGAUGAAGCUGCUUCCAUGCCUAAUCAUCUUCCUCUACAUCUGCGAUUAUUGCUUGUCGCAUGUGCGGUGCAGUUUUGAUGAUGAAGCUUCGAGAGAGAGACCUGUCGCGACGAUGACGCACUUCGGUCGGCUUGUCAGGGUCGCGGACGAAUUUCCGCGCCUACAGACGCGGCGAAACUUUUGACUGACAACACCACGCGCACACACUUGAUACUGAGAAGCUCAUCCUACUACUACCCAGACCACGACCAAAGUAGCAAAAUGGCGGCAGCAGUACUCGCAGGCAGCACAGGCCUCGUCGGCUCCAACAUCCUCUCCACGCUCCUCGCGCACCCCUCCUUCUCCGCCAUCCACGCCUACACGCGCCGCGACCUCCCCAACCCGGCAGGCUCCACAAAGCUACAACCCAUAACCAGCCCCGAGUCCUCCACAUGGCCCGCGCAAUUCCCCUCGUCCUCGCACCCACGCGUCUUCUUCAGCGCCCUAGGCACAACGCGCGCCCAAGUUGGCGGCUUCGAAGCUCAACGCAAGAUUGAUUACGACCUCAACCUCUCUCUCGCCAAGACAGCGAAAGAAGCCGGCGUAGACACCUACGUCCUCAUCUCCACCAACGGCGCAAAUCCCACGGCCUACUUUGCCUACCCGAAGAUGAAGGGCGAGUUGGAGGAAGCGGUCAAGGGGCUGGGGUUUAAGCAUACGGUCAUUGUAAGGCCGGGCUUGAUUGUGGGGGAGAGGAGUGACUCGAGGCCUGCUGAGGCGGCGCUCAGGACGCUGGCGAAGGGGUUGAGGGGUCUCACGCCGAAGAUGACGGAUUGGUGGGCGCAGGAUGCGGCCAUGAUUGCGAGGGCCGCGGUUGAGGCGGGGGUGAGGUGUUUGGACGGGAAGAGGGACGGGGGGAUAUGGUUGCUGGAAAUGAAAGAUAUUGUUGAGUUGGGGAGGGAGUAGGUGGUAAAUGGGCAUGGGCAUGGGCAUGGAGAUGGGCAUGGAGAUGUUUUUGUAUGAUACCCUUUAUGCAGUCUUUAUCUAGGUAAGCUUCUGUCGCAUCUUCAGUAUCAGGUCUCAAUUUCUUGACAUCAAUACGAUGCCGCACAUGGCAGACUAAGAAGAUCGGUGACCCUGCACUACGAGAUGCUCAUGGUCAGUCUUUAGUGUAGACAAUAGGCCAUGUCAACAGAGAGCUUAUAUCACAACGUCCCCUUUCCA